CGGCUCCACGUUUUCACCCGCAGAAUCUCCUCGCCCACUCUUCUCGUGCACCAGCCUCACUCGUGAAAGUCGCCAUUCCAUCGUUAACCCAUCCUUUCACUCUCACUCUUCCUCUUAACUCUUCCUCGCCUCGUCCGCCUUCACCGUUGCCACGCCCCGAUUGUAUAUAUUGAUUGCUUUGCUUUGCUUUCCACGCGCUCAAAUCCGUCGCACUCCACAACGCGAAAGCCCUCUUCCGAAGUCCCUUUAACCCCGACCUUGCCUGCACUCGACCCCAGAAAACCGAACACGCAACGCAAUUUAUGUCAUAUUUGUUCCGCUACCUAGGAUCUAUUUGGGAGGCUUGAAUCGCAUGGAGCCAUGACUUUGAGCUGUCUGUGGUAAAUGUCGCCGCUAGUACAUACGCAUUCAAGGCGCAUCGACAAAGUCCAGGAUUACGCAUAAAAGUUUGGAGCCCUUGAGCAGCGCCAUAUCAUGUCCUCGAGUCGACCGGAUAUACAUUCCCAAGUGCGAGGAUCUUCGGAUUUUCAGACAGCUGGGGGCGAUGCUGCGACGUCGAUGCAUCCUGAGCACCUCGAAAUAGGCCAGUUCAUGAUGGAUAAUAACCAACAUGCACAGAAUCCGUCUCUCAUGCAUACUUCACCACCAUCCCUCGACGUUAUAGGCAAUUCCCAAUUUGCAGACUUCUCUUUCUCUUACCAUGGUGUUCCGGAACACGAUCUGCAGGGUGAGAGUACACUUGAGAAUGCGUCAGAUCCAUAUAAUCUUUCGGGGCAAGGGCCAGCUUCAGAUCAUCGAAGUUCAAUAACAUCGAUGCCAGCAGCCGCUCGGGCAAACUUUAGUGGCGCUGUUGCAGGAGGGCAAACUGGAAACGCCAGUGCCAGUGGUGGAUCGGAAGAAGCUAGCCCUGCCAGCAACCGUGCCGGUGGAUUAGAUGGCGGAUAUGGUGAUGAUUUUGGCCUCAAUAGCGCCGCACCUGUUGAUGGAAGCGAUCUAGGAGCCCGAACGAAGGAGGAGAAAAGUGAUCCAAAUCCGCCAUGGAGCGAGUUGAAAACCAAAGCUGGCAAAGAGCGAAAGAGGCUACCGUUGGCAUGUAUUGCAUGCCGGAGGAAAAAGAUUCGAUGCUCGGGCGAGAAGCCCGCUUGCAAACAUUGUCUUCGAUCUCGAAUACCGUGUGUUUAUAAGGUCACCACGCGGAAAGCUGCUCCCCGCACGGAUUACAUGGCGAUGCUGGACAAAAGAUUGAAAAGGAUGGAGGAGCGCAUCAUCAAGAUAGUGCCCAAAGAGGAGCAAGAUAGCACGGUUCUGGUUACGAGAGCUACGGUGAAGCCAGCGAUCCCAGGAACAAUACCCGUCCGAAACUCAACUGGCAAGAAACGUGGUGCAGACGAAGCCUUUGGUCCAGAACUUGAUAACUGGUCGAAAUCUGCCUCAGCAUCAAUCCUGGGUACUAACCCGAAGCCCUCAUCUUUGAUGAUACAGGAAACACAGGAGAGCGAACUGUUGUCGGAAGGCGCUGAAGCCUUACCAUCUAAGGAUAUUCAAGAACAUUUGUCAGAGAUCUUCUUCGAGAAUUUGUACGGCCAGACUUACCAUUUACUGCACAAGCCUAGCUUUAUGAGGAAGUUAAAAGCCGGAACUCUACCCCCAGUUUUAAUCCUUGCAGUUUGCGCCAUAUCCGCACGCUUCUCAACACACCCAAAACUCAAUACAACACCAGCAUUCCUAAGAGGCGAAGACUGGGCCUCCGAGGCUCGAAGUAUUGUUAUGAGACGAUACGAGUGGCCAAACAUCACGAUACUGACAUGUCUACUCAUCCUUGGAUUACAUGAGUUCGGGACAUGUCAAGGUGGGAGAAGCUGGUCAUUUGGUGGGCAGGCGAUCCGAAUGGCAUUUGCCUUACAACUGCACAAAGACCUCGAUCAUGACCCCCAGAAACGCAACGAUUCCACUCCUUUGAGUUUCAUCGACCGUGAGAUUCGACGAAGGACCAUGUGGGCUUGUUUCCUCAUGGAUAGAUUCAAUUCUUCUGGGACUGACCGGCCGACGUUCAUUAAUCCAGACCAACUGAAAAUUCCACUUCCUAUCAAAGAGAAAUACUUCCAGCUUGAUAUGCCUGGACCAACAGAAUCACUAAAUGGCGAAGUGUUGCAGCCUGUUUCUCCCGGCGCCGGACAACUCUCCAACCCGAAGGAAAAUAUGGGAGUUGCAGCUCACAUGAUCCGAUCAAUUGCCUUGUGGGGUCGUAUCAUCAACUACCUGAACCUAGGGGGCAAGGAGGACGACGUGCACCCAAUGUGGCAUCCCAAUUCAGGGUAUGCUAAUCUCAUGAAGCAAACCGAAGAAUUCAUUUCGACGCUGCCAGAAUCGUUACAAUACAACCAAGAAAACUUGCACUGCCACGAAACAGAAGGAUUGGCCAACCAAUUCCUCUUCCUUCACGUCUCAAUCCAGCAAAAUAUUCUAUUCAUGAACCGUUUUGCUGUACCCGGACAUACUGGCAGCCGAGCAUCUCAGGAUGUGCCGAAAGAUUUCGUCACUAAAGCUGGAGCGAAGGCAUUUGAAGCAGCGAAUAGGAUAUCGGAGCUCCUGCGUGAUGGGGAAUCUUAUUUCAUCACCGCACCAUUCACAGGGUAUUGCGCUUUCUUGUCGAGCACAGUCCAUGUGUUUGGCGUCUUCUCCAACAAUGCUGCCAUGGAGGCGGCAUCUAAGAAGAACCUUGCGACAAACAUCAAAUACUUAGCGAAGAUGAAGAGAUACUGGGGAAUGUUCCAUUUCAUGUCAGAGAAUCUCAAAGAUCAGUACAGAGCAUACGCGGAUGCUUCAAGACAAGGUGCUUCCACUAGUUGUAAGCAAUCCUCGGCACAAAUCUUCCAAUAUGGGGACUGGUUCGAUCGAUACCCUCAUGGCGUGUCGCAAUCCGACUUCGAGGAUCCAGCUGUUGGGAUUAAAGUAGAGAAGGGCGAUGACGCAGUGUUGGAGCAGAAAUCUGAUUACCACACCGUGGAAGAGUUCUUUCAUACUCUCUCGCCUCUGCAGCCAUUCCCUCAUGAUAUGGCCAAGGCAGCGAAACGGAAACCGAAGGGAAACCUACCUCAACGACGAGAGCAACUCGAUUCUGUAAACACGAGCAUAUCUGACAUGGGUUCUGAUCCGACCCUGCAGAUGCAAAAUAAUCACCAGAUCCCCCCAGGCUACAAUCAAAUGAGCCCCACGACACCUGUAAAUAUGUACAACCAAGCUCCUUACUAUGGGCAACCUAUUUUAUUACCUCCACACCAACAAGGAAUCCUUCCACAGCUCGACCGUCAACUGGUAUUCGGCGCUUACGCUGGGAUGGACCCCUCUCAGGGGUUGCUGGAUGUGACUAGUGGAUGGGAUAUCCCAAUGAAUGGAAUGAACGCAUUCGUGCCAGAAGUCAGCAGCGCGUGGAUGAUGCCUUUCAAUAUGGAACCUCCGGAAAUCGGUCAGGAGUCGGACGUCUUUAAUACUCUGGAUAGUGCAGCUGCAAGUUAUGGGAUUGGGAUGAACGGAAACGGUAUGGGUGGGAGUUGAGAGCUUUGUUAUACUGUAUAGGUGAAUUGGGUGGCGAGGUAUGUAGGUAGGUGUUCAGGGCGGGGGCAUCCAGGGAAUACUGCGCUGUACAAUAAUCUAGCAUGGCUUUGAUCUGCGAUGAACGUGUAAUGAUCAUGUAGUGGACGAACGCCGUCUUAACACCUUGAAAUGGCAUC